AUGUCAGAGGAGAUGCGGGCUACAGUGCGCGCCCUCAACGAGACGCAGCAGCACAGCCUUCCUGCUGCAAUAAUGGAGCUGCGGCGCUGCCACCGUUUGAUGUGUCUGCAGCAGCAGCAGCAGGAAGCAGUUGUUGCUGCUGCUGCUCAGUACAGGGCCCAUGCUGCAGCAGCAGAAAGAGAAACAGCUUAUCAGCACGCGCUGCUGUGGGGCUGUGUACUGCUGCUGCUGCGCCGCCCUGCUGCGCAUGCACAGGCCCUGCUGCAGCAGCUGCGCGAGCAGCUCGAAGACAGCAGCAGCAGCGACAGCAGCAGCAGCAGCAGCAGUGUGGGAGUAAAAGCAGAAGAGCCCGCAGCUGAGGCUUCCGGUGACCUUCCUCUUGCUGUUGCUCUUUAUAAACUUGCUGCUGCUGUGUCUGCGGAUGAUGUAGCUGCAGCAGCAGCAAAAGCAGCUGCUGCUCCCUGUGCUGCAGCUGACGCAGCAGCAGUCGCAGCAGCAGCAGCAGCAGCAGAAGAGGCCUUUCAUGACAGGCUGCUACACUUCUUGACCAAAGAGCUGCGGCAGCGGCAGCAGCACGUCGCAGCAGUUGCUGCAGCUGAGAAACGCCGCAUGCUCGCGGAGCAGCAACACCAGCAAGCAGCAAAUCGGCUGCGGGCGCUGCAGCAGAAGCAGCAGCUGCUGCGGCGAAUAGUUGAGGAGUUUGCUGCUCUUUGUAGUGCAGCAACACCUGCUGCUGACAGCAGCAGCAGCACCAGCAGCACUGGCAACAGCAGCAAUGUUGGCAAAAGCGGCGACGCCGUCAAGGGAGGCAGCAACAGCAGCAACAACAGCAGCAGCAGCAACGCCAGUCGUAGCUGCAACAACAGCAGCAAGAAUAGCAGCAACAGCAACAGCAACAGCAGCAGCAACAGCAACAGCAGCAGCAACAGCAACAGCAGCAGCGGCUCUCGAAAGAGCCCUGCAAUAGAGAGAGACUGA